AUGAAUUCUGUAGUUAAGGUAAAACUUAGCCUCGGAAGGAAUCUGUCAGAGCUGGUCGUCUGCUUGGCGUACCAUCCGUACGACUCAGUGGACCCUCCGCCUACGAGGGAACUCAGAGUACUGAUUGACCACUGUGCUACCAACGGUCUGCACCUGGUGAUAGGCUGUGGCGCAAACUCGCACCACACCGUAUGGGGCAGCACCAAUAUCAAUGAAAGGGGCACAGCGCUGCUGGAGUACCUUACCGCUACGGGAUUAGAGAUCCUCAACGCAGGCUCCGCUCCCACCUUUGUUACCACCCGUAGACAAGAGGUAAUGGAGUUGAUCUGGGGCUCCGCAAAGGUGACACAGGUUGUUAAAGACUGGCAAGUUCGAAACGAGGUGACACUCUCAGACCACCGCCUUAUUACAUUCAAUUUGAAAGGGGAAAGGGAAGACAGUCCUGGGAAGGUUUACUGGAAUUCUAAAGCCACCAACUGGGCACUCUACAAAGAGGGACUGGCUGGCAGACUGAAGGGGCACCGUCAACGCCCCAGGACCAUAGGGAAGAUUGAGCGGGCGGUGGAGCAUCUAAGCUCUGUCAUCACUCAGGCCUAUGAAGCAGCCUGCCCUACCAAAACCAGGAACAGCAGUAAAAGGGUCCCCUGGUGGAACAGAGAACUGGACAAGGCCGGAGGGGAAGGCCGCAAACUGCUGAACAAAGCCAUGAAGGCCAACACGGAACCAGCCUGGCACAACUAUAGAAGGUGA